UUUAUCUUUUGAUGAGUAGCAUCAAUCAGCUUAGCUUAAAAAGCACAAAAAGAGGGGAAAAGUAAGUCAUAGAUUCCAGAGGCAGAGGCUACUGAUUGAAUGGCAUAUGCCCACAAACCCAGCAACAAGACAAAUCAGAGCCCACCUAACAACCCCAGAAGAAGAAGAAAACCCCACCCCACAUAUUUGAAUUAUUAUAAUUAAAUUAUCAAUCAAAAUAUAUUCUUUGCAUAAUCCCAAGUCCCAUUCCCUCCUUAACAUUGCGUCUUCCAUUUCAUUCUCUCUCUCUCUCUCUCUCUCUCUCAAACAUGCGUGUUGUUACAACAGAGGCACCAACAACAGUAGCAGAACACAUCAAAUGGAGAAGACCCAGAAACCAAUUGAGCCAGCGCAACCACAUCAUUGCAGAAGAAACAGAUCCAAGGCCACAAAUUCAAUCCACAAGGUGCAAGUCCACCAUUUCCUCCCUGCUCCUCUCCACAUUCUCCAACAACAGCAAUGAUGGCGGGUCACAGAGCAGGAAAAAGAGCAACUUUUCAGCAGCAGCGACGUUGAGGGGGCUGGGGUGCACGGCGGGGGCGCCGCAGGAGGUAUCGGUGCCGGCGGUGAUUCGAAACUCGGCGGAAUGGGAAGGAAAGAAGGUGAGAAAGAAGAAGCACAAGAGAAGCAGCAAGGGAAGUUGCAGCAAUAAUGGCGUGGAUGUGGAUUUUCAAGAUGUGUGGUGUGGCACCGCACACGGAAUAGGGUUCUCUGCCGAUUGUGUUGUUGGCACUUCCAGGAAGAAUGCCUCUUCUUCUUCACGACCCAAAAUUGAUGUUCACAAAAUCAAUCACAGACAGCGUUCAUCUUCUUGUUUGGGAAGGCGCAGUGUGAACCCAGAAACCAUCUCGCUUCUCGACACUGAUCCUAGCGACGUCUUCACUCCGCGCUCUGCCUCCUCCGAGUUCGCAUACUAUCGCCACCUUCCAGAUCCUUCCACCGAUGCUUUUCCUGAGAUUAUGAUGCUUCAAGGAGGUAUAAUCAUGGGGAGUAGAUACUCACACGAUCAAUUCAGAGAUUUGAGACUUGAUGUUGAUAACAUGUCCUAUGAACAAUUGCUUGAGCUCGGUGAGAGAAUUGGUUAUGUCAACACUGGACUUAAAGAAAAUGAGAUGGGUGGCAACAUAAGGAAAACUAAGCUUCAAAUUUCAGAUGAUGCAUCAAACCAUCAAGUAGAUAAAACGUGUACCAUUUGCCAGGAGGAGUAUGAAGCUGCUGAUGAAUUGGGGAGGUUACAUUGUGAGCACAGCUAUCACUUCCACUGUAUAAAACAAUGGGUUGCUCACAAGAAUUUCUGUCCAGUGUGUAAGCAACAAGUUGUGGCUCGCAACAAUUGAAGGACACACACACCCUCAUGGUUAUUUUUUUGAAAGUUGCAUCUUUUCAUCAUUAAAUUGGUGUAUAGUCUUCAUAUCCAAUCCAAUCCAAUAUAAACAACGAUUUUCAUUUGUUUCUGUCAAUCUUUUUUGAACAUUAAUCUCCUUUGUGAGGAGUCGGCAAUAUAUGAUAGUGUGAAGGUUUCUAGAUUGGAUGAGAUCUUUGCAUAAUAUUAUACUCGAGUGACCCUUGCUUGUGAGUAGAUUACUCUUUUUGAGUUUUUCCAUUUUUUUGGUCAAUGGAGUUUGUGUCUUUUCUGAUAAA